UUAGUGUAAUCAGUUAUGGCAAAUUACAAAUUUAAGGCAGAAAAUAAGUAGGUCACGCGACUUACUCCAUUUUGUACAUAAAGUUAACCGUAAAUUAAAGAAAUGUGGGAUUUCCAGAUCCUUAAGUAACACUCCCUUCUUGAAAUCUGCAGCCUAUAUUGAAAUCAUAGGCUUCAAUGUCAAGAAGCUUGAAUUUGAGCUAUGGACAGGCCCGAGAAGAAGGCUACUCGAAGCUCUCCCCAGAAAUCGAAUAAUCAGUCUUUUUCAUCAGGCUGCUCCCUUUCUUCAUCAAAGCUCCUAAUCCAUGCCCUCGCCGUCUUCGUCCUCUUUCUCGUCGUCUGGCAAAUCCAGCAGACCUCCUCUGCUUCCCCAUGGGCUCGCUGGGACAAAAUUCUCAACAACUCAUGCCUCACCACUUCCCACGAUACGCGGGAGGGGAUGGCUGACAGACUCCGACAGGCGGUCACUUUCCUCCCUCUCAAGGACCUCAGAUACACAGGCGAGGCCAUGAAAGGCCACACGUGGUUCAUGAGCUCCUUAUACGACAUGCAGGAGCAAGGCGAGGUCCAGUACCAGCAGCACCCUGUUGAGGCCACGGGAGGCAGACUCCUCUGCCUCCGCGGCCGGGACAGGCACGACGGCUCCUGGAACUCAUAUGCCCUUGCCUGGCCUGACGCCCUGCCUCAGAACGCCACACUGAAGGCAGGCAUCACGUUCGUGUCGUACAACCACUACGACUACCACAACAUCUGGCACGGCCUGUCUUCCAUGAUGUCGUUCGUGGCGUGGCACGUCAAGAGCCAGUGCGCGGCGCCUGAGCGCUGGAUCUUGUACCACUGGGGCGAGCUGCGUACGAGCAUGGCGCCGUGGGUGUCCACGCUCCUGGAGGCCACGUUCGGGGGAGCCGUUAAGAUCGAGGAUUUUGGCAGUGGUGGUGAUGAUGAUGAUGCUCCGGUUUGCUUCGAGAAGGCGGUGGUGAUGCGGCAUAAUGAAGGUGGGAUGUCGUCGGAGAAGAGGAUGCAGGUGUAUGAUCUGAUGAGGUGCAGGGCGAGGUUGUAUUGUCAAGUUGGAGGGCGUGAUGGGGGGAUCAAGGUAGGAGUCACCAUGCUGAUGAGGGACGGGACGAGGUCUUUCCGGAACGCAUCGGCGGUCGUCGGGAUCUUUGAGGAGGAGUGCCGCCGGGUUCCGGGAUGCCGUCUGACGGUAGCCUAUCCACACAAUCUCACCUUCUGUGAACAGGUGAAGUUGAUGAGUGGGACAGACGUGGUGAUAUCGGCGCACGGGGCGCAGCUGUCAAACAUGAUCCUGAUGGAUCGGAACGGCAGCGUGAUGGAGUUGUUUCCAAAGGGAUGGAAGGAGAUGGCCGGGGUGGGGCAGUACGUGUACCACUGGCUGGCCAGCUGGUCCGGCAUGAAGCACGAGGGGGCGUGGCGGGACCCAGUCGGAGAUCCCUGCCCCUUCCCCAACGACGAAGCCCGCUGCAUGUCCCUUUUCAAGGACGCCAAGAUCGGACAUAACCACACAUAUUUUUCACAAUGGGGAAGCAGUGUUAUCAAGGAUGUCAUCACUAGGAAGGCACUUCAGGAUCCUUCUGCAUUAAAACCUGCAGCUGGCCUAUGUGGUUGCCACUAAUUUUCCCAAAUCUUUUUUUUUUUUUUUUUAUUUUUAGCUUUUUUGCUAAUAAUUUUAAUGAGUUUUAAAUUCAGAUGAUAAUAACAAUUUUCUUCUUUCUAUCUGGUAUCCUAUCACGGAUGUUAUAGUUUCUUCAAAUUGCCAAUUUUUGAUU